GUCAGCUGAUCGGGGAAGAAGGAGGUGGAGCCGCUUGUGUCAGACUCCGUCAUAUUUCUCGUGUUUGAUUUCUUUGUUUAAGCAAUAACAAUGGAGGCUUCAACAUCCUCCUCCCAAGACUCAAAAGAGGAAAGUAAGAAGAAAGAGGAAGAGGCAGAGGAAGGAGAAGACUCAGAGGAGGAUUCAGAAGAGGAAGAGGAAGAUGAACCCAAGUUAAAGUACGAAAGGAUUUCCGGAGAUCUGCGCGAGAUAUUAAAGAGAGAUGGAGCUUCCUGCAUUAAGGCUAAUUCUAAGCUAAUGAUCAUUGGAACGAACUGGGGCCGCAUUCAUGUGCUAGAUCACCAGGGCAACAAAGUAAAGGAAUUCAGUCCACACAGCAACCCUGUGACUAUGUUGGACAUGGACGACAACGGGGACUAUGUUGCCUCCUGCUCACAUGAUAGGAAGGUUGUAAUUCAGGGUCUUUACACCAUGGAGAACUCCCACAACCUAACAAUGGACUCUCCCGUGCGCAGUGUGGCACUUGAUCCCUUUUACCACAAACCCCGCUCUGGCAGACGCUUUGUUGUUGGGACAACAAAGGUCGUGCUUUAUGAGAAGGCAAUGUUUGGACAACUGCGCUCCACUGUGCUGAGUGAGGGGAGUGGCCCAGCGAGAGCUAUGAAAUGGAUGGGACAGUUCCUCGCUUGGGCAACGGAUUCUGGCGUCAGAGUGAUGGACAUGAACACCAAAACUGUCAUUACACUCAUCAAGCGUGAUCAUAGCCUAGCUCUGCCUUGUGACCAGUACCCACCUCACUUGUGCUGGCCAGACAGUAAGACUCUGAUAGUUGGCUGGGGAGACUCUGUCAAGGUGUGUCGGGUAAGGGAGCGGUCUGCAAACCCAGCUACACUUACACCUGGAAUGAUGGAUCUUCCCCCAUACUACCUGGAAAUUGUCUACAUGUUCACCACUGACUUCUACGUAUGUGGAGUUGGUCCCCUUGAUGAACACUUGGUAGUCUUGGCCUACAACAAGCAGACUGACCUGUCCUUGGCCAGCCUUGGGGUGGACUCACGAAGGCCACAGAUGCGAGUGCUGGAACCCCUUCAGAGAACCUUCGAGGAGAUUUCAAAAGAUGUUCUUGGUAUUAGGUGCUAUCAGGAAUACAAACCAGCAAACUACCAUCUUGAAUGCUUAAUCGAGGAUCGGCAGUUCUACAUCGUGUGUCCACAGGAUGUAGUAGUUGCAAAACCCAGAAGUUCUGAUGAUCGUAUUGAGUGGCUUUUAGAGCAUGAUAAACACAAGGAAGCUUUAGAGCUUGUAGAGACCUGCCGAGAUGUGCAAAAUUACACAGUUCUCAGUGUGGGUCGUAUCUAUUUGGAUCACCUGAUGGCCAAUGGUCUAUAUCAAGAUGCUGCCAAGCUAUGCACUCAGAUACUUGGCUCAGACAAAGUGCUAUGGGAGGAAGCUGUGGUGCGCUUUAAUAGAGUCCGUCAGUUGCGAGUUUUGAGUCCUCACCUUCCCCUGGGUGAAGGCAUCCGCUUGGACCCAGCUGUAUACCAGACUGUGCUCCUUGAUCUUCUGAAUACAGACCAUCCUGGUUUCCUGCAAGUGGUCCAAGACUGGCCAGGUCACCUCUACAAUGUGUCAUUUGUUAUCAAUGCUGUACUAGAGACUCUUGCUCGAAACACAAACAACAUGGUCUUACUCCAAGCGCUUGCACACCUUUACUCCAAUAUUGAUAAACAUGACAAGGCUCUAGCAAUAUAUUUAAAGCUGAAACACAAAGAUGUCUUUUAUUUAAUAAGUCGCCACAAUCUCUACGCUUGUGUGGCCAAGCAUGUGGUGGAGCUUAUGACACUUGACUCUGCUGCAACUUUGGACAUUUGUUGCCAACAUAUCCACAUUAUCCCUCCAGACAGUGUUGUGACUUCACUGACUGCACACCCAAAUUAUCUAUAUAAGUACUUGGACACGUUAUAUGAACGACGGCGUGACAUGAGUGCUAAAUACCACAGCCAGCUAGUGGCACUAUAUGCUGACCAGGAUCGCAGCAAGUUGCUGCCCCUGUUGCUGACUUCUUCUUCAUAUGAUCUCAGUGAGGCUCUUGAGGUGUGCAGGAUGCGUUGCCUCACCACAGAAACAAUACACCUCCUUGAUCGAAUGGGCAACAGCAUUGAGUCUCUACAAUUGAUUCUGGAAGAAGAGCAAGAUAUACUGUGGGCCAUUCGCCUCUGUAAAGAACAUGACGAUGCCGAUCUGUGGAACCGUCUAAUUGAGUAUGCUCUUGAUAAGCCAGAAUACAUCAGAGAAUUACUAAACAACAUCGGCACUCACAUUGACCCUCUCAUGAUCAUCCAACGAAUACCACACGGUCUGGAGAUUCCUGGUCUGAGAGAUGCCCUUGUCAAAAUUCUUCAAGAUUAUCAUCUCCAGAUCUCGCUAAGGACAGGUUGCCAGAGGAUACUUGUUGCUGACUGUAGCAAUCUUCUGAAUAAGCUUGUCUCAACACAAAAUGCUGCUCUUCCUGUUUAUGGUGAUACAAUGUGCCCAGCUUGCAACAAGAAAGUUUUGCCAUCCAGUCGAGAGGAACAAGGAAGCAUUGUGGUAUUUGCCUGUCGCCACGCGUACCAUCAGCUCUGCCUUCCUGAUGGCACAGAACAGGAAGUGUGUUUAUUGUGUAGGAAAGAUAAGAAGAGAAGUUUCCUCUUGUCUUGAACAGGACAGAUUUCUUCGUUUUAUUGUAAGCGGCUGGUCUGCAGUGGCAAAAGGGAAGCUAACAAAAUUUGAAAAUGUUUACUUCAAAUGUGUGCGAGGCCCAUAAGAAAUUAUUAAUUAUGUACAUAGAGAUGUAAUUUUUUUUAUAAAAAGUAUAGCCAGAAUUGAUAUGUAAAUAAUAAAGUUAGAAUGUAAGUUGACACAAGAUGCACAUGUAUGCAUGCUCUGCUGGUGUCGCUACUUCAUAGUGUGCAUAUUAAUGAAUGAAUGAUUUCUACUUUUUUUCAAAAAAAAAGAAAAA